GUACAUAAAUUUCCUCAGAGACCAGAGCAUCUGAUUCGAGUAAUCAAAGAGCAAGGCCCAGUCCAACUCCGGACCAUCAGUGGCACGAAGCAUUUGACAUGACAGAACAUGAUGCUGACAUCCUGAAUGAUAGGAGCUUGCACGAUGUUGCCGACGUUUACGAUAAUUUCUUCGUACCUGGCGCAUCAGGAUGGAGGGAUUUGAACAUGACGGCCAUAAUGCGCGAGGCCGAGAAGCAGAGGCAAGACGCCAUGCAAAAUGGCCACAGCAGUAGACCAGUAUUCAUCAAGCAACCCGUCAUCCCUAAUACUGUCUUGAAAAGGCUCAGUCCAGAUAUCAUUCAAAACAUGACUGCUGCAGAGGUGUUACAGCUCGCAGACGCCACCGAAAUGUCCUACGAAUCCAUGACGCACCUCCUAAGCAACUUGCGGCCCCAAGAAUUUGACAAGCUGCUUUCCCUGUCAAGAAAUUAUACUGACUUUGAGUUGACGUUGGUCACCUAG